AUGGAUUUUGGUCAAAAGGACAACCAAGGAAAACGAUACCUCCUAACUUGUUCCGACUCAUUGACUGGCUAUAUUGAUGGAGAGCCUCUUGGAACAAAAAGCGAUCCUAUUGUUGCGAAAAACAUUCUUACUUUGAUCCUUCGGCAUGGAAUCAACAACGACUCCUUCUCAGAUAACGGAUCUGAAUUUGGCCCGCUUGUUGCUGAAGUAUUUCGCAAAUUUGAGAUCCGACACUCGCGAACGACUGCUUACCGAAGUCAAAGCAAUGGUGCCCUAGAAAGACUUCAUCGCGAGGUCAAUACAAAACUUAAGCUGCUAAAUGCAGAUCACCGUAACUGGUCAACUGCCUGGCCAAUGGUUAGAUAUUAUAUCAACAAUCUACCGAAAUCGACGCUAGAUGGCAGAAGUGCUAAUGAGUGCUACUAUGGACGACAAUUCCACGUCCCUUUCCAAACAAACCCUGUUGACGGCGCAUCAAAGGAUAAGUGGUUGACUGGACUCAACAAGUACUUUGACAAAUUGCACCCGUCAAUUCUUGCUCAUCAAGUUUCUCGAUACCGGAAACUGCUUGCACGAGACAAGAAUAAUGCUCCUACCCUUGAGAUUGGAUCCAAAUGUCUCAUCUGGAAACCAGCUUUUAGAAAGCUAAAUAGAGUCUGGUUCGGCCCAUUCACUGUUAUCAAACGAAUCAGCAAGGACUCUUACAUUGUGAAAGAUGUCGAAACUCGAAGGGAGUACCGUCGACAUAUCAACUUGAUCCGACCAUUGAAGUUCAAAAAUGACCCUGAGGAACUUCCUGUUACCGUUCCACCAGUUUCUCCAGAUCCUGAUACCGUUGCUAAACUUGAUGCUGAAGAAGUUCAUGACAUGAAAGAACUUAAAGAAGUUUGCCCUGGAGAACCUCACAUUAAUACUUGGGCAAAUAGAUUGCGGCCAAGACACCAAUAA